AACUCCUUCAAGCUGCAAAACAUCCCCGAAACUCAAAAAAACAUUCUCAUAAAUUCAAGAUCCGCCAUAGAAACAGCCUCAUUUCCCCUCCCAACCAAAUAAAACUUCCUUGAUAUCUCUUAAACUACUAUUAUAGCACCAAAGUUCGCAUAUAAACAUAGCAACAUACACGUUAGUAUUACUUCUAUAUAGUCUCCAUCCCGUCCCUCCCUAGCACAGCAGAGCGGGGCCGAGCUUCACCGAUCAGCUGACUUUUGUUUACCUUGACACGACCAGACUCAGACCUUGACGGGCCAGUAUUUUAACUCACUAUUCACACCACACACCACACACGCCCCGCACACCACAGCCACACCCCACGCCACACUCAUAUGUCCUUGCUGCUGCAUUUUUAAGCCUCCUAGUGCCAAAAUAAGUAAAGCAGGAGUGAUUAUUUUGCGCCACGGUCAGCUGUUGCUACUGACGAAGGGAGAGGAAGAAGAUAAGUGUCAUAAGGUCUUCAUUAUGGCCACCUCGCUCCCCUCCGCCCCAUCAGGCUCUGCCACUACUGUUGUCGAGCCUGAAGUCAUGACUCUAGGCCCAGAAGAACAGGUGUCGAGUGGAGUGGUUCGGCUCAAGCUACACAAGCCAAGGACCAAGAAAGUAAGCUGGACCAAUGACACGGUGGACAAUGAACACCUCGGCAAGAAGAAAUCAAAGUGCUGCUGUGUGUAUGUCAAGCCACAUGAAAUUGAUAUGAGCAGCUCGGAGACAGACGAUGACGAGUGUGAACAUUGCUUAGGUCACGUGGAGAAGAAGAAGAAGAAGAAGAAGAGUGGACAAUCUCUCCCCAACAGCCAAGGAGAGAGCGAAGGUACUGACAGGCCAUAUACACGUGUCGUCCCUCGCGUCCCUGCUUUACCUUGCCUGCCGUGACUCUGAGGGCGCCGGACACACAAUAUAAGAGAAAUUGUCAGCGCAAAGAUGUGAUGUAAACACAGAGAGUCC